CUCCAAAUAAUGGAUCAAUGAGAGGUGAUUUAAGAGUAUUUAGCUAUGACUCUGUCAUGGCUGCUAGCCUGCUACAGACAAUUUCUCUGCAGAAAACAAGCUCGGAGAAGGGGGCUUUGGACCUGUUUAUAAGGGAUCAAUGCCGACAGGUCAAGAAAUAGCUGUAAAGACGCUGUCAAGAGGUUCGGUACAAGCUUGUUCAGCUUUUUGGAUAUUGCAUUUAUGGUGAAGAGAGGAUGCUGAUAUACGAGUAUAUGCCAAACAAAAGUCUGGACUACAUUUCAUUUGAUUCUAGCAGAUGCAUGCUACAAGAUUGGAAGAAGCGUUUCAAUAUAAUCGAAGGAAUCGCUCAAGGAUUGCUUUACUUGCACAAACACUCAAGAUCAAAAGUAAUUCAUAGAGAUCUUAAAGCUAGUAACAUACUACUUGAUGAAAAUAUGUACCCCAAAAUUUCUGAUUUUGGUACGGCAAGGAUGUUCACACGGCAUGAAGUUCAAGCAAUUACUAGACGAGUUGUUGGGACAUUUAUGCUAUGCAGGGAAUUUUUUUUUCUGAAAAAAUUGAAUAUUUUUAGUUUUGGAGUGUUGAUGCUUGAAAUCAUAAGUGGUAGGAAAAACAACAGCUUCCACACUGCUCAUCGUGCGCCCAAUUUAGUAGGAUAUGCAUGGGAGUUAUGGCAAGAAGAUGCAGGACUAGAAUUGAUGGACGCAACUCUAACUGAUUCGUGUGUUGAAAAUCAAUUUUUAAGAUGCAUCCAUGUUGGUCUGCCAUGCGUCGAAGAAGAUGCAGAACUUCGGCCAACCAUGUCAGAUGCUAUAUCUAUGCUGACAAAUGAAAGCUUUUGCCUUUACCUAUACCAACAAGACCAGCAUCUUUUCCAGUAAGGAUUUCGGCUGGAGUAAAUAUAAGAGGAAACGACUCUGAAAGAUAUCAGAAAAUGGUUUGUCCGACUCCCUUAUUGUAGGACGGUGAAGGCGCUCAAUGUGCUGUGGAAGAAGGUGGCUAGCCAGCUAAUCCCUCCUGGUUGAGUUUUUACUCAAUCAGCUAAGGGGAUACAACAAUAUAUCUCCUCUGUAUUAUACAACAAUAUAUCUCCUCUGUAUUAUACUUGUAACAUUAUGUAAUAGGUAAUUAUGUGUAUUACAAGGGGUUACUGUAAUAUAUGUCUAAUCUGGAGCAUUUAAAUGAAAAAAGUUCAACCACUUUA